GUGGAGCAGGCACUAGGACCUGCAGCACUCUGCAGGCAGGCAGGCAGAGCCUGCAGCCUCUGGGACACUUCUCACUUACUUUCAGAACAAUUUUCAAACAAGUGCAAGGCUCAGAAAGGACCGUUUGGGAUAAUUGAAAAAGAAUUUGUUCUUCCCCUCCCUGGCAUCUUGUGGAAUUGGACACAAACUGGGAUAUAUUUCAGUGAUCCUCGGGCGUCAUACAUCAGUGGAGAGAAGAGAGAGCUUUUGCAGAGGGAUAAAGAGUGGAGGCAGAGGACAGAGGUGGGCUAGAUGGGGGCCACAGCCGGGAAUGAUGGCAGGAGCCCAGAACACAGUGAGCUCUAAUCACGUCCUCUAGGAGCCGCUAGCUGCUACAGUUCACGUGGAGACACCGAAAAGGUUGCGUGCCCAUGAGGUCGUCCAUGCUGGUCCUGUUCCUCCUCUUCAGUGCCCAGGCUGUGGCCGCCAUCGGAGGAGCAGCACAGCAGCAGUGUCCAGGCAACAUCUCCAACUCCAUCCCCACGGUGGACCCCAAACUCUUCACCAAGCGCCGCUACCACUCACCCAGGGUGCUCUUCAGCGCUCAGCCACCUGAUGCAGACCUGGCAGAGUCUCAGGGUGCCAGCAAGAGGGCCCGCAGGCGCGCUGGGCAGCCUCAGCACCGUGGAGUUUACUCGGUGUGUGAGAGCAUCAGCGUCUGGGUGGGCAACAAGACCAAAGCCACGGACAUCUCCGGCAACGAGGUGACAGUGCUGCCAGACGUGAAUAUCAACAAUGUCAACAAGAAGCAGUACUUCUUUGAGACAACGUGUCACAGCGCCCGCUCAGGCAGCUCUGGCUGUUUGGGCAUUGAUGCCAGACACUGGAACUCCUACUGCACCAACUCACACACUUUUGUACGAGCGCUGACUUCGUUUAAGAAACUGGUCGCGUGGAGGCUCAUACGCAUCAACGUGGCCUGUGUGUGUGUGCUUAGCCGCAAGUCAUGGAGGCAGUGAACACACACACACAAAUACAGUACAAACACAGACAUACUCAUCACCAAAGUCUUUUCACCCUCUGCACAAAGUAAAUUAUUGGUAUAUGUCAAAGUUUUAGGACUGCAUGUAUAUACACCAGACCUGGGUCAAAUGGUAUCUGUCUGGCGUUUUUGUUUUUUUACCUGUUUAGGAGUAGGCCUACUAAACAUUAAGCUGAUGAUGCUGUGUCACCUAGCAUCCGACUGGCCUAGCUGCAGUUUAUGACAUGUUCAGCUUGCCAAUGUCUAAAGCACACAGGAACCGUAUUUAUCAAACUUCUAAGAAUUACACUUGGAGGGGAACUCGAUUUAACACAUCACUCUGUGUCCACAUACUACUGCAUAAGUGGAAAAAGGUUGUGUAAAGCCUUUUGUGGUUCCAGAGGAAGCUAAUAAAUUGCCUCAUGUCAGGUCGCGUGAGUCCGUUGAGGUUGAAGAUCACAAGUUUGAACAAUAUGGGACUGAGCUGUAGAGUGACAAAGAAGUGAGCUUCCCAGAUCUCUUUGCUGGCUCUUCACCUCUGCUUGAGGUUAGUGGCUUAAGGAUGCAACAGUGUUACAUUGUGGGUAAUGUAGGCACUAGGUUUUGAUAAGAAAGAAGAAUGCAUGGAAUAAAAAAGACAAUAUAUCUCUGCAUCGAUUUAGAUUCUAUAUUUUUUUUUUAAACUGUCCAUCUUGGAUCUGAUAAGAAGUUAAGAAAGCCCUAAAAGUUAAUUUAGGGGAUUUAGGAUUCUUCAUUGAGUGUGACGAAUAAGACACAUUUAUUUAGCGACUUACUCCAGUUUACAGAUAAGUAGAAGAGUAAAGUUUAGGAGCAUCUCUUGACCCUUGUGUU